AUGCCUCCGCGUCGACGAGCUCAUGUUUUCACCCAAGAGAGCAUCGACCAGCAGCUACAGCAAAUCCAUCUCCUCGACCAGUCAUCGUCCUCAGAAAACUUGGAGCAACUGGGCCCGUUAAUCAAGCAAAUCCACACCAACAGACAACAAGAAGCCUUCCUCCGCACCGUUCAAGGGCUCAUCGAAUCCAAAGACCAAGAGAUCGAGAAAAUAUGCGGGGACAACUAUCAGGACUUUAUAUCAUCUGUCUCUACGCUGUUCACGGUCAAGUCUUACACGGACAACAUGAAGGAGAACAUUGCUACUCUGGAUACCAGUGUCGCGCAGCUAGGACGCGGACUAGUGGAGAAGAAACGAGCAUUGCUGCAAUCCAAGAAAACCGCUGCAAAUCUCGAUGAGGCAAUCGACACUCUUCAAGCUUGCUUGCGCGUCCUGGAUGUAGUACAUAGAGUGGGUGAGAUGGUCAGAGAAGGCAAAUACUGGAGCGCGCUGAGGUGUCUUGAUGAUAUCCCAAGCAUUGCACCAACACUGUUACUCCAAACGCCUUUCUAUCAACAUUUGCUAUCUUCCCUACCUUCUUUACGUGGUCAAAUUAAGGACGCAGUAACUGCUUCCAUGAAGCAAUGGCUUCUUGAGAUACGAGAGAGCAGCGGUGAUGUUGGUAGGCUGGCCCUUGACAAUAUGGAGACUAGGUCGCGAAGAUGGCGAUCACGGCGAGAGAAAGACCCGUUCUUGAGGAUGAGUCGUGUCGGUAGCGCCGUGGAAUUGGUCACUUCGGAAAAGUCUGAAUACGACGUCCUGAACAACGAUGAAGUCAAGAUCGACUUUAAGCCGCUUUUUGAAUGUAUACACAUAUAUACUACGUUGGAUUCGUUGGACGAACUCCAGCGAUCGUAUCAAGCAGAUCGAAAGGCACAAUCUGACUUGAUCCUGCCCGACCCUCUUCCCAUAUCUUCAUUGCCCUCACUCGUUCAAGAAAUAUCCGGUUUCUUCAUUGUUGAAAGUCAUGUCCUUGAAACGACGGGUACCUUUAGGUCCCAACGGGAUGUAGAAGAACUCUGGGAAGCUCUUGUAGGUCGACUGAGAUCAGGGAUUGAGCGCGCCUUGCAGAUAGAAAAUGACCCUGACACUUUCCUGCGGGUGAAGGAAUGUCUGAUAGAAUUCCUCAUGACAUUAGACUCGCCAUCAUAUUCGACGGCGUCACUCCAUUCGUUUAUCAUUGUUCUGUUUGAAAAGUAUGCCAGGCUGCUAGAAGCGCAAUUCAGUCGACGAUUUGACAGCAUCAUCCAACAUGACGACCAUUUGUCAAUGUAUAUCGAAACCACCUCGGAGCUGGCGACAGUUCUUGAAAUAGUCUGGCUAAGUGAGUCUGAACAGGCUGAAAUCGAACAGCGGGCUCUACCCGUGAACCUUCCUUGGUCACAGACAUUCUAUCUGUGUUGUCAGGACAUACGCGGAUUUAUUCAAAAAUUCUAUGCCUUUGUGGAAGGGGUAUCACAACAUCACCGAAACAUUGACGAGUUGCUGAGCAAGUCCUUGGACAGCCUCUUAACGAACAACAUCAGUAUAGCUAUCGGGCAACGUCUUGCAGGAACCACCACCCUCACUCAGAUUGCCCAAAUUGUGACCAAUCUCGAACACUUCCAGGUUGCCUGUGUGGAACUAGAACGAUCUUUGACUAACUUGCGUUCCGCCCAGAGAGGAGGGACGAUCCGCCUGACCGCCUCUAAUUCAUUUGAGAGCACCUUAUCGCGGGCAUUAGCGCGCAUCUCCGGAUUGAUCAACUCCAAAUUGGAUGAUUUCUUUGAGCUUUCCGAGUACGACUGGACACCUAACAGGCGCGAAGAUUCGCCGAGCAUGUAUCUUUAUGAGCUGGUCAAUUGGCUGACUACCGUCGUGGACUCGCUUGUCAUCAAAGAAGCAUACAAGGACGAGGCCUACAGAGGAGCUGUGGGAUAUAUCGCGGAGUGUCUCAUGGACUUCCUGACUGGGCGGAACAUACCCAUGAUGAACGAAAAUGCCAUUUCAAACUUGCUGAUUGAUGUGGAUUUCAUCGAGGAAGAGUUGCGGCGAAUAGGAAGGCAACAUCUAUCCAGUGCAUUCGUUGAGCUGCGUUCCACAACAUCUAUUCCCUUGAACAAUUCCGUCCCAGAGUAUUUAGUUCUCGCCAAUCGCCAAUCAUCAUUCCCGUCUGUCAAACAAAGACGUCUCCAGGCCUUGUUAGAGAAGCUCGCCAAAUACGGUACGACGCGACGUGAUACGGAGGGGAGAGAGCUUGCGGAGAGACGGCGCAAAGAAGCAGAGGCUGUAGGAAGAUUAUAUCCAGGCGAAGGCCGAUAG